GCGACUUCGAGCCGCGCGACCUGGGCGAACAAGUUCUCGACAUUCUUCCAUCUACCGCCGCGUUACGUGCUCGGCACGAGAUACCGACCUACGCACGUCCAUCAAGCGGCGUAGCUCCGCUAGCCCCCGGACUGCACAGUUACGACAUGUUGUGAUCGCCGAGGUCUCCGCAAACAAGAUUGCAACCAGUCGCGCCGCCUCACGUGCGACCGUUGUCAAGCCGGUUCCGCGAUGAGCGAUCUCGACAAAGCCAUCGCGCAACUGCGCGCAUGUCGGCCCAUUCCUGAGCCGCAGGUGCGGGAGCUGUGCCACCGGGCGCGUGAGCUUCUCAUCGAAGAGGGCAACGUGGUCACCGUGACGGCCCCGGUGACGAUAUGCGGCGAUAUUCACGGCCAGUUUCACGAUCUUAUGGAGCUCUUUCGAGUGGGCGGGGACGUGCCCGAUACAAACUAUCUCUUCAUGGGCGACUUUGUUGAUCGCGGUUUCUAUUCUCUCGAGUCCUUCCUCCUGCUUCUCUGUCUUAAAGUACGAUACCCCGACCGCAUGACACUCAUUCGCGGCAACCACGAGUCGCGGCAAAUCACGACCGUCUAUGGAUUCUAUGAUGAAUGUCUCCGGAAAUAUGGCAGCGCCAACGUGUGGCGUUAUUGCUGUGACGUCUUCGACUACCUCGCCCUGGGCGCCAUCGUGCUCGGCGCGUCCAACACGCUCUCGCCGCCGUCGGACAUGGACAACAUGGAGAUCGAGGUGUGCGACCAGAACGGGGGCCUCAUCAGCCGCUUCCCCCGCCGGCAUCGCAACCAGCAGGGGGACAGUUCGGGGUCGCAUACCCUCGGAUCUAACAGCUCUGAGGACAAGACGGGUCCGCCCGGCUCGGGGGCCUCGGGGGACAGCGGCGGCAGUGUGGGCAACCCGGCGGGAGCGGUGCUCUGCGUGCAUGGAGGGCUGAGCCCGCUCGUCGAUACGGUGGAUAGGAUCCGGCUUAUCGAUCGCAAGCAGGAGGUGCCUCAUGAGGGUGCCAUGUGCGACCUUCUCUGGUCAGACCCCGACGAUAUCGACGGAUGGGGCCUGUCGCCGCGAGGGGCGGGGUUUCUGUUUGGAGCUGAUAUUGUCAGGGUGUUUAAUCACCGCAACGAUCUCAGCCUUAUCGCGCGCGCUCAUCAGCUCGUCAUGGAAGGGUUCAAGGAGAUGUUUGAUGCGUCCAUCGUCACGGUUUGGUCGGCACCAAACUACUGCUACCGAUGUGGCAACGUGGCGGCCGUGAUGGAGCUGUCCGAGGACGAGUCCGGCUGGGGCGCGUUUUCGCGGAGUAACGGCGACGUGGGCCGCAGCGCCGGGGUCAUGGCCGGGCUCGAGGGCGACGGGGUGGCGGCUAAGAGCGGCCCGGCGAGACGGUAUCGCGUGUUCCAGGCAGCGCCGCAGGACUCUCGGGGCAUGCCGGCGAAGAAGCCCGUGGCCGACUACUUCCUGUAGCGGGGGCUGCGGAGCGGCUGCUGGCCUGCGGCGGUGACGGUGGUUGAGGUCGGCGGAGGGAAGCGAGUGUAGUAGAUGAGAUGAGGUUUUACGGGUUACAGGAUCCAGGGCGCGGAGUUGGAAUUUCUUGCUACAACCUCAUCGGACAGUCAAGAAGACAGGCGCAUCCUGUUGUCCGUGGUCGCGCAUGGUGGCCGUUUAUAAACGUUGGGCAGUGCGUGCUAGUGACGGGCAGAGAGAGCAGCAGUAACGUAGUAACCAGUGGGCUUGCCGUCACUUGCUGUCUCUCAUGGUCAUCGUCGCGGUCAGAGUGACAUACCAUAUCAUCCUGUUCCGCGCCGUGCCUGCCUACUAUACCUCGAAUAAAACGUACGAAGGAUGAUCUCAG